AUGGGAUCCCCGGAGCCUGUGGUAUUAGACAGCGACCUGAUUGCUGCCAUUGAUGUCGAGCGUUAUGGUGACCCCAAUACACAGUCUGUUCUCUGUGGAAAGCAAGUAUCAAUCACAGAUAUUGCCAACGGCAAGUCUGUCGUUGUGACCAUCGCCGAUGCAUGCGUUCUUUGCGAGAACGAAAAUUCCUUUGAUCUCUCCUUAGCGGCCUUUCAAGCGCUCGACAAUCUGAGUGCAGGUAUCCUCAGCAUUGAAUGGAGUUUCCUUUGA